AUGCGCACAUUUCAAGAUAUCCAGCGACGUUGGACAUCCCUCUUCAAUACUUCCAUUGGAGUUGACCUACGACAAGCCUUGAGAGACGGCGAUGGUUUCGACCCGUGCGAGGAUGGUUUACGCUCGGUUUGCUGGAAGGCCUUCCUCCUCUAUGGCCCCUUGAGUCAACUUUCCUGGUCCAAACCCUUGGCCGAGUCGCGCUCGGCAUAUGUCUCUCUGAGAGACCACUUUCUGCGAUUCAUAGAGCAUCCAAAUGAUCUUCACUCGUCGGCAGAUCCUUUGGCAGACGAUGAUAAUUCUCCCUGGUCGACCCUGCGGCAAGAUGAGAUCAGCAGAGAAGAGAUAUUCCAGGAUGUGACGCGAUGUAUGCAAGACAAUUACUUCUUCAGGGAACCGGCGACCCAGAAGAAGUUGCUGGAUAUUCUUUUCAUUUAUGCAAAGUUGAAUCCCGAUAUUGGGUAUCGGCAGGGGAUGCACGAGCUACUGGCACCUAUCCUGUGGGUGAUCCAACAGGAUGCAAUCGACGCCACCACCGUUCCCAGCACGGGAAAACAGGACGAAGGCACGGACUUUAUGAUUGAAGUCCUGGACGCAAAGUUUGUGGAGCACGAUGCCUUCAAUCUCUUCUGUGCAGUGAUGCAGACUGCAAAGCCGUCCUACGAGAUGGGCGAAAACACAGAAUCCUCGCCAAUUGUGGCACGGAGUCAGAGAAUCCACGACGAAAUCCUGGCCUCCGUCGACCCAGAGCUGGCGCUUCACUUGCACGUUAUUGGAAUUCUGCCGCAGAUAUAUUCUAUCCGCUGGAUCAGGCUCCUUUUCGGGCGGGAAUUUGACUUCAAGGACGUCCUCAAGAUGUGGGAUCUUCUCUUCGCCGAGAACUUGCGACCAGACAUCGUCGAUGUCACUUGCGUUGCAAUGCUCCUGAGAUCUCGCUGGUCGCUCGUCGAGGCAGAUUACACCACAGCAAUUACAGCCUUGACUCACUACACCCUGCCCAACUCACACGGAGACCCUCGGUCUCUGGUGAGGGAUGCCAUCCUCCUGGACAGAAGUCGGAAUAGCGAGGCCGGAGCAGCGCUCAUACAACUCUAUACCGGCAGACGUCCCAAAGAAAGCGAGACACCUAGCAGCCGAAGCACAUCCGCCGCCUCGGCGACCAGGAAGCCUCGGCAUCGCAACUCUCCAAAUCCACCUCCAGCCCGGCUAGUUUCGCCUCAGAAACAGCUGGAAGGGCUAUUUCAGGAAGUCACCGGCGGUUUGCAGAAGCGAACUGAGGGCUGGAACGUGUCGAAAGCCGUUCGAACCGCAGUGGGUGAGGUGCGGCGCAAUAUGAAUCACUACCAGGCAUCCCAGUCCAGGGCUUCGAGUUCAGACGUCGCUCAUGUCGAAAGGCCGGAUCCGCAUCGCAAACUACAGGAACUGCAAGAUCGAGACUUGUCCCUCGCAAAAAUGCUCGAGGGGGCUAUUCAAUCCCUCAGAUCCAUAAACCUGACAGGCUCAGACAACUUGGAAGCGGAGCAUAGCCUGAACACAUCCCUGGCCAAGAUCCAGUUUGUUUCUAUGUAUCUCUCCAACCCUAGCAUUCCAGUUCCGAGGGAAGAAUCGGACCAUGAAUCAAAGGCGCCGACCGCAUCAAGGCAACCAGCAGACGAAAAGCCCUUGCCGCCUACGGCGGGUGAUGAUCAAGGGCCAACCAGUGUCGGCCCAGAUAUGGUUGCCAAAUCAACGAGGCCUGGUGAGAAUCCGAGAGCUCAGCCAGAAACAGAGGCUAAUCGGCAGCGCACAAAGACUGCGGCGCGGCCGUCGCUGCUGGAUUCAUCCUUUUCAUUUAUGCUCGGUGAAGGUAGGCAUCGAUCAAGCUUUGUCAGUUCUGUCGCAACGCUGCCUGAGCAGAGGAGAGACAGCGAGUCCAAGAGCAGAACCAGAAAACCGUCUGCGGAAUCUGGAACGCAUCAACCAAAGAGGAAUCCUAGGGGUCCUGGGGGCGAUGACAACGGGUUCACCCUGGCUAAUAUCCAGGGUGGCAUACAAGGCUGA